AUGCUUAUCGACGGUCAAAAGUGGGCUUGUGAAGCUUGCAUACGGGGACACCGUGUGACCAGCUGCAAACAUCAUGAUCGACCGUUGAUUCGCAUCAAACGCAAGGGACGACCAUUCGCCACUUGCACCGUCUGUCAUUCAACACCGUGCACAGCACCAAGCGAGCACGCCCGCGCAAAGCGCGAAGCAGAGCUCAAAACUCCCUCAAAAAAAGCAGCGCACGGCAGACUCUAUCCCCGCCACCACAACCCUCACGGUUUCCUCCCUAUCGCGCCUCGACCAAAUGGCAAAGACGCCCAAGGCGCAUCCUCGCGGAAUAGCGCCGGUCCGCAGUCCUCGCAGUCGUCGGCGCGCAUCUCUCGCUCCGGCUCGACGAGUGCCUCGGCCUCCGAGUCACAUACCCCCGUUUAUCCCGAGUCAUCUUCGCGUCGUGGUUCAGCCUUGACGGCAGACUGGUCGGGAUCAGAGGGGUCGGGGCCCGAAUCAGGCCAUCUGACGAAAUCCACUACAUACCUGGCGCGGAAUUUGUCCACGCCCCAGGAUAACACUAUACCGUCGUAUGCUCGAUCAGGGGCAGAGGAUUUUGCUCUGGACCCGCUGUUAAUUGAGCAUACCUUUGACCCCAUUCCUCUGGAGGGCAGCAAUCCCUUCGAGACCCCCUUGGAUCCUUCGCUGACAUUGAAUGAUUCCUUGGGGUAUUUGGAAAAUAUGGACAUUGAUGUGACUGAAGGAUUGUCAGAUGAAGUCUUUCAUAUCGAGGACUGGUCGCGAUAUAUGUGGUCGCCUGAGACCGGCUUUGAACAUCUAGAUACAGGAUUCCCCCCUGUUACACUUCCACCUGUGACGCAAUAA